AUGGGUAGUUACGGUAAUGGUGAUUUGGAGCCGCAGAAGCUGACGUCACCCGUUUCGUACAAGGCCAAGAGGCGGCCUUCCGCGGCGGCCAUGUCCCGUACCGGCUCGGAGAUGGAUGACAUUAUUGCGCUGAUGCAUGGGUCCGAUCCCGUACGCGUCGAGCUGACUCGACUCGAGAACGAGGUUCGAGAGAAGGAUAGAGAACUGGGAGAGGCACAUGCAGAAAUAAAAGCAUUGAAGUACUCAGAACGCCUGAAACAGAAGGCCGCUGAAGAGCUUACUGAUGAGUUGAAGAAAGUAGACGAGAAGUUGAAAGCGACAGAAUCUCAACUUGAAAGCAAGAAUCUUGAAAUUAAGAAAAUAAAUGAGGAGAAAAAGGCAGCCUUGGCUGCACAAUUUGCUGCUGAGGCCACACUUAGAAGGGUGCAUAGUGCCCAGAAAGAUGACGAGAUGCCGCCAAUCGAGGCAAUCAUCGCGCCUCUGGAGGCCGAGCUGAAACUAACACGGACGGAGGUGACAAAGCUACAGGAGGAUAAUAAAGCACUCGACCGGCUCACUAAAUCGAAAGAGGCCGCACUCUUGGAAGCCGAACGCACGGUUCAGAUGGCUCUAGCAAAAGCAUCAUUAGUUGAUGAUUUGCAGAACAAAAACCAAGAGCUGGGGAAACAGAUCGAGAUAUGCCAGGAGGAGAAUAAAAUAUUGGACAAAAUGCAUAGACAAAAGGUUUCGGAAGUUGAGAAGCUAACUCAAACAGUUAGGGAGCUCGAGGAGGCUGUUUUGUCUGGAGGUGCUGCAGCAAAUGCUGUUCGUGAAUACCAAAGAAAAGUUCAAGAAAUAAAUGAAGAGAAAAGAAUUCUAGACCGUGAAUUGGCUCGUGCUAAGAUAUCGGCAAAUCGUGUAGCUGUCGUCGUGGCAAAUGAUUGGAAAGAUGCCAGCGACAAAGUUAUGCCAGUAAAGCAGUGGCUUGAGGAAAGGAAAUUCUAUCAGGGAGAAAUGCAACAACUGAAGGAUAAGCUGGCAAUUGCAGAGCGUGCAGCCAAGGCGGAAGCACAAAUGAAGGAAAAAUUCCAAUUGCGCUUUAAAGUUUUGGAGGAAAGGGUCAAAGGGUGUCCCAAUGGCACGAACCGUGCUUCGUCACAAGGAAGAAGCAUGAGUAACGGGAGAUCACGUAGACAGUCACAAGGAGGAUCGGGAAAUUUCUCCACACCACCUUCAAAUGGAUUUUUGUCCACGAAAAAGAUAAUUUCAGGGUCACCCCGGAUAACUAGUCCAAAUCACGUGAAAAAUUUACCGAGCUCAUUUAAUGGUGAUAGGGCACUGACUAAUGGUGAAAAGGUGGUUCCAGAGAGAGAAAACAAUGAUAGGGAGCCUUCUCAUGGGAAGGAGAGCCAAAAUGGUAAUGGAGUAAUUAAGCCAUUUGAGAACGGCAACGGGUGUGUUUUGACUGAUAAGUUGAAAACUGAAAAUGAAGACUGUGUUUCGGGCUUGUUGUACGACAUGCUGCAGAAAGAUGUCAUAUUACUGCGUAAAGCAUGUCAUGAGAAAGAUCAAAGCUUGAAGGACAAAGAUGACGCUAUUGAGAUGUUGUCGAAAAAGGUUGAUAUGUUGAGUAAAGCAAUGGAAGUUGAGGCCAAGAAGAUGCGGCGAGAAGUAGCCAGCAUGGAGAAAGAACUUACUGCCGCGCGCAAUGGGAAAGAGCAAGAUCAAAGAACCCGUCGUUUUAGUGCUUCUAGAGGGGCCGUUAUAAGGAACGGGAAGUACCCUUGA